AUGUUGUCUUUCCUUCGCUACAGGCGCCUCAGGCAAGAUCUUGAGAAGAGCAUUCAAAUAUACGGCUCCACGGAUGAUUCACUACUACGAACUUCGAACCAGUCGCUACGAAGUGCUAGUAGAGCUCCAUUGGGAGAGAACACAUCGCAGCAUGAAUACUCCCUUAGCGAUGGACCUUCAGAAAAAGCAGAGACGAAUUUGCCUACAGUAGUGACACUGCGGAACGGCCAAAGAGCUCACAUUCCAGGCGUUGAGGUGGUCUAUACUGACUAUCUCCCUGGGAAUGGACAGAGGGAAAUCUUUCUUGUUGGGUUUGAUGGCGAAAAUGACCAGCUGAACCCAAAAAAUUGGUCAUUAGCAUACAAGUGGAGGACAUUGGGUAUCGUCGGGAUGACAGGUUUCCUUGUUGGCUGGGCUUCAUCUAUAGACUCAAUGGUAAUGAAGCAGGCACAAGCUGAGUUUCAAGUGAGCAACGUGACAGAGUCGUUGGCAACCGCACUGUAUCUAAUCGCUUUUGCAUUCGGGUCGCUGUUUGCUGCACCGUUCUCCGAAACGUUUGGCCGAAACCCAGUGUAUUUGGUGACGCUUUCACUGUUCAUGAUCUUUAUAAUGGCCAGCGGACUCUCGCCAAAUCUUGGAAGUCAGUUAGCUUUUCGCUUUAUUGCCGGUUUGUUCGGAUGUACACCACUUACUACGUUCGGCGGGAGUAUGGCCGACAUAUUCGACUUAUUGCAUCGAGCCUAUGCAUUUCCUGUGUGCUGCGCGUUGUCAUUUCUCGGCCCGUUUUUGGCACCAAUGGUAGGAGCAUUUAUUGGUCAAAGCGAUUUAAUCAGCUGGAGGUGGUCAGAAUGGACUACCCUCAUCUUGGCUGGCCUUAUAACAGCUUCAAUAUUCUUUUUCGUGCCUGAAACCUAUACACCUGUUCUUCUCAAAUGGAAAGCGGGUCAUCUGCGUGCUAUUACUGGUGAUGAUCGGUUCAAAGCGCCAUUUGAGCUUAAGCAUACUUCGCUCUCAACUAGAUUAAUGCGCAGCUGCUCUCGCCCGUUUGAACUAUUCUUUGGUGAACUCAUGGUCGCACUUUUUACAAUUUAUCUCGUCGUGGUUUACAUUGUACUUUUCGGAUUUCUAACUGGCUAUGAUUUCAUCUACGGCAAAACCUACGGGUUCUCUCAAGGGUCUGUCGGUCUCGCUUUUAUUGGGAUGAAUGUCGGGUUUUUGAUCGCAUUAAUAAUCACCCCUCAUGUCUUCUUCAAGUACAAAAUGGUUCUUGAAGCAGCUGCUAAGACGGAAAAGGGUCACCCUGAGCCAGAAGAAAGGCUCUGGUUCGCCAUGUAUGGUGCUCCGUGGCUCCCUAUUUCACUUUUCUGGAUGGGUUGGACCAGCUAUCCAUCGAUUUCAUACUGGCCGAGUCUCGUGUCAUCGGUGGCUUUCGGAUUCGCCGUCCAAGGGAUUUUCAUCUCAAGCUACCAGUAUCUAAUUGAUACAUACGAGCAAUACGCUGCUAGUGCUCUAGUGAGUGCGACCUUUUUCAGAUAUAUUGCGGCUGGAGCUAUGGUGAUAGUUUCACUGCCGAUGUACAAGAAUCUGGGCGUGCAUUGGUCCUUGACUUUACUCGGUUGCAUCUCAUUGGUGAUGACGCCGGUUCCAUAUGUCUUUUACAAAUAUGGGCGCAUUUUUCGACAGCGCAGCAAGAACGCUGCAGUGUAA